AUGACCGUGAAUGAUGACCAACUGGGAGAAGAAGAGGUAGAAGGGAAAGGUCUUGACAUUCAAGACGUAGAUAAGGUGGGAGAAGAUAGUGUAAAAGAGAGCAACCAAGUAGGGGAAGAUGAUAGUGAAGAAAUGACAAAAGAGAGUGAAGAAGAUGAUAAACGAGAGGUAGAGAAGAGUGAAGACAAGAAAGAGGAAAAGGAGAUAUUUUUUAGACAAGAUGAGGAAGGAAAGAGUGAAGAAGAGAAGAAGGAAGAGGAUAAAGAUGAUAUAAUAGAGGGAGAAGAUAGUGAAGAGAUGAAUGGUAAAGAGAAGAAGGAAGAAAGGAAAGAGGAUACAGAAGAGGUAGAAAACAAUGAAGAGGUGAAUGAGUAUAGAGAAGAGGAGAAGAAAACAUUGAAGAUAGGAAUGAAGACAGAGAAGAUAAGGGAAUUUCCAUUUGUACAGGACAUUAUCACAAUUAAGAAUGUCAAGAAGAGGAAACCAUUGGAUGAUAAACAUGAAGUAGUAUUCAAGCUUUGUACUACUACUUGCAGCCAGUAUGAGUCGAAGAG